AGCGAUCGAUUGAUCGUUCGAUCGAUCAUGGGCGAGUCUCAAGGGCGAGGGGGCAAGAUUGGAAACAAGUGACUUUUGCGCGGGUUUGACAGAUCUAUCAGUCGUCGCGUUAUCGCGAAAGGGAGAAUGAGAUAAAAAAGAGUGAGUCAAAUCGCGGAAAGUCAAGCCAGACAGUGAAGACUCGCCUGAUGCGGCGGUCUUCAGGCGGACCGUGCGCGUUGAACAGAAGUAAACUACGAUUCGCCGCGGUUUCUCGCAACGAAGAGGACGCUUAAAACGCUCGGCCGACGACGACGUGACGUAAGAGCGCCACACGAUUCUAUCGAUACCCUUUGGUACGUCGCCGGGCGUUGGAACGUUCCCUAGAUCCGAACGGACAUUCGUUGGUCUAUUAUAAGCUAGAGAAAGAGAGAGAGAGAGAGAGAGAGAGGGAGAGUGCGCGGAGAGUAAGAACGAGGGGCGACAAAGUUAGUUGACCGUUGGAGGAUUCACCUAACCCAAAUCGAUCUCUGCCGACCGGGAACGGGAAGGCGCUGGCUCUUUUAUCGCCGAAUCUUAUCGAUGCGCGAGAACCGAUCGGACAAAUCGAGCGUGUCGAUUCUCAGCGCCGGCCGCCGUGAGAUCAUCAUCGUGCAAACAUUAUGACGGGCGCUCGCCCUUGCCGCGACAAGAAGGAUCCUCCACCUUUCUGCCAGUUGCCUGUCAACAGCCGCGCUCUUCCCCUGGUGCCGUGCGACAAGGGAGUCGCGAAGGAUGUGCGAGCGUGAGCGCGAGUCAUCGCGAGGCGUCGUCGAUGCGUAAAAAAGCCCACGGGAUCCACUGGACAACUGGUCGCCGUUCGAUUUUACCCGAGUGUCGAUCGCCCAUCCAAUCAUGAAGAAACAAUUCUUUCGGGUGAAGCAGCUCGCCGACCAGACCUUCUCCAGAACUGGUAAAACGGAAAUGUUGACUGAUGAUCUGGUGCCUGUUGACAAGCAUGUUGAGCAUAUUAGUACAGCUCUCACUCGUCUUAGCAAGAGACUCGGAAAUUUAUCCAACCAAACCGUUACCCAAGAUCCGGCACUAAAGGAGAAACGUUUGAAAAAAUGUCCUGAGUAUAUACUUGGGCAAAUCAUGUUGGAAAAUGCCAGUGAGAAUGAAGGCCUUAUGAGCUUUGCGCUGGUAGAAUGCGGGCGAGUGCAGAUGUCACUGGCCAAUGAGGCCAUGGAACACGAGGCUAAAGUCGAACAAUAUGUGGCUGCUCCACUGCAACAUAUUUUAGACACUGAUGUACCAAAUAUAACAAAACAUAAGAGAAAUCUGCACCGUCUUGUUUUGGACAUGGAUAGUGCAAGGACAAGAUACUUUCAAGCGAUUAAACACAGUACUGGCACAGGUGCGACGAAAAUAGAAAAUCUGAGGGAAGAAUUAGAAGAUGCCGAAUCGAAAGUCGAGCAAUGUCGAGAUCAAUUGGCUGCAGAAAUGUUCCAGCUUAUGUCACGGGAGACUGAACUAGCUCAGACGAUUAUUCAGUACAUAAAGCUUCAGCGAGCAUAUCAUGAGAGUGCGUUGCAUUGUCUUGAAGAUCUUAUACCUGGAUUAGAGAGUUAUAUCAACGAUAAUGAAAUGAAGCCAGUAUAUGGAUAUCCUCUUGAGGAACAUCUUAGAGUAACAAACCGAAAAAUUGCACUGCCUAUACAACUGUGUAUAUCCGCGCUCCUGCGUCUGGGUAUGGAGGAGGAAGGUCUUUUCAGAAUAGCUGGCGCCGCCUCGAAAUCACGACGGAUCAAGUUAAGUCUGGACGCCUGUUGUCUCACCUUAACGACAGCUCUUGAAUACAAAGAUCCGCAUGUCAUUGCUGGGGCAUUGAAGUCAUAUUUACGGGAAUUGCCGGAACCUCUAUUAACGUACAAAUUGUAUCCCGAAUGGAUGGCUGCUGCAAAGAUCUCGAACAACGACAUGAGAUUACGAGCUCUCUGGGAAGUAUUAUAUAAGUUACCACCGGCAAACCUGGAAAACCUGCGAUUUUUAAUUAAGUUUCUAGCUGUGCUUACAAAGAAUCAAGAUGUAAAUAAAAUGACGCCGCAGAAUAUCGCUAUUGUUAUCGCGCCAAAUCUGAUCUGGAGUCCGCAAGAGGAUGCAAAUACAAUAGUGAUGAACAUGAGCACAGCGAACAACUCUAGUCUUAUAGUAGACCAAUUAGUUACGUACGCGGAUUGGUUCUUCCCCGGCGAAGUAGAUUUCGAUCGCGAUUUAGAAAUCGGCAUCAUGAAUGAUACGGAACAUCAGACUGUUGGUAUGCGUCGUUGCGUGUCCAACAGUAGUCUCAGCGACCAUGGUGAGAGCCCGACGCAAGGCAGCCCGAAACCUGCGGCACGUCGGAAAAACAAACCGGCGCCGACACCACCGAGCGGUAAUACUCCGGAUAGACAUGACAAACCGCCGCCACCGACACCGGACAAACCACCGAGAGCCUUGACAUCCACUCUAAAUCGAUCGACGUAUAAAAGUCAGAAGCACGAGGUAAAUAUUGAAUUAAUACGACACGAAAGUAACGUGGAGAAGCACGAAAAGCAUGAGAAACAUUCGGAAAUAGACGCGAAAUCACAAUCGGUCUCAGAAUUAAUUCCGACGGAUGUUUAUCCUGCUGAUAAUUCCGAACGGUUACGAGAGACUGUUGUUCACCAAAGUGAAGUCUUCAAUUACAAUGAGACGGACAAAAGUAUCCAAGAAUUGCAUAAGUUCGAUGCGAAAGUAAACGUGCCGGGUACUAAAGAGAAACCAAAUGGAAACUCGUCCGAUAGUACGAGUGUUGCUAAAAUAAUUACGGAGAUGGAGCAUAAUGAAACUAUAGUGCAGAGAUUAAAACCAGUACCUACGGAGAAGCCAUCCACAUUAGAGAGAAAAAGACCGGUCGCAGCACCAAGAAGUAUAACAAAUAUUGCGCAUAACACAGCGGAAGAAAUAGUCGAGUUACGUAAAAAGCCAGACAGUAAUGUGAAUGUAACACCGAACGAAAGAAGCAGUAAACCGGCGAUACCUGAACGACCGCCCGGUCUGAUUCGUCCAUCGAGUCUCAUUAGACAACAGCCACGUUCCACCAACGAGAAUUUAGAGACUGAUCCAGGACCUUUAACGCUGGAACGAGCUCACGUGUAUUCUGUGGACAAACAGCAGGUCAGUAUAAUACAAGUGCGUGGGGGGAACAACACCAUCCCGGGCGAGAGCACUGGCAACACCGCAACUUCGAACUUGCAGAGAAGCCCAAGCGUAGGUAGCAGGCCGUCGUCGAUGUCGUUGUACGGCACCGAACGCCCAGAAAAGACCGAGAAGCCAAAUGCCGCGCCAUAUGAGCAGCAAGCGAAGGCGCACACACGUACCAGAUCGGAAGGUAAUAUCAUAGACGUUCAAACGCAAACUAACACGGUGGUGACGGUUCUCAAGUCGCCGCAGCAAAAGCCAGCCUCGCCGAGAGUGGUCCACCAGCGGCCGCCGAGGCCGCAGCCGCCACCACCGCCGCCGCCUAUCGUACGACCAAAAUCGGAUCAGGAAAGCACUAAUCUCUAGCGGAACGCGAUACGAACUAAGAGGCAUUCGCAAUCUUGAAAAGGGACUCAAGAAUUCGUCGAUUUGUUACAGUUGAGAACCGUAAUUUUACACAUGACAAUAUACGUCACUGAUGAAAUUUGUUAAACUGAUACAGAUAGUUAAAAAAAUAAUGAAAAUAUCUUCGAUCGCGAAUGAAAGAGCAUCGCGAUCAUAUUUAUAUAGAGGCAAAUAUCGACAUCCAUUCACUGGUGAUCGAAAACGAGGCAUAUGUAUAUUCGUAGGUAGGUUUGAUAUAUAACAUUCGGAUGCAGAAUUACUCUAUUUUCUUCCGUGAUCUCUCCCUAUUUAUACGACUUUUUAUUAUAUCCUGAAGAUAAUCCUUAGAAGAGCAUUCUGACAAUUGCCAUUGUACGAGAACGAGAAGAGUAAACCUGAGUACACAUUCGGACGUUUUAAAGGCGUUUUGCAUUCGGCAGCUGUUAGCAUGAUGCCGUGCGUGUGUGCGUGUCGUUUCCAAACUGUUUUAGGUACAUAUCUUCUAAUUUCAUAAUUGAUCGUAAUAUUUUUGCAGUUUACUAUCGACUUUUAUACUUAUUAAUAAGCAGAAAAAACCGAAUUCUUAGAUUAAGACAUUUCGCAUUUGCACUGUAAGCAUUCAAGCGCACAAAACUCAGUGUGCUUAACAUACGUGAAAAUAUACGAUUACAGGAUUGACUUUAAUAAAACGUGAAAGAUUAAAUGACAGCGAUCGCGCUUACAAUACGAAUUUUCGAUACGUCCAUUGAGAGAAAAAACGAAGAUAACCGACAUGAUCAAUGUGUUAGAAUUGAAUUCAACGGGUGAUAUUUAGUAGUGAAGAUUGUUAAUCGCGUUACGAAACGCAUGAAGAAAUUAACGUAUCCGCACUUUACAGUCCGAUUUGACUCUGAAUUAUUGUUAAUAUCUAAGAUUUGAAAGAACUUUUAAUAUAG